AAAAAUACAAAUAUAAAAUCGGAUUUUAUAUGGCGAGGACUAAACAGACAGCAAGGAAAUCUACAGGAGGAAAAGCACCAAGGAAGCAGUUAGCUACGAAAGCAGCAAGGAAAUCAGCACCAACAACAGGAGGUGUUAAGAAGCCGCAUCGUUAUCGGCCAGGAACUGUUGCACUUCGUGAAAUUAGAAGAUAUCAAAAAUCUACAGAAUUAUUAAUAAGAAAACUUCCAUUUCAACGUUUAGUAAGAGAAAUAGCUCAAGAUUUUAAAACGGAUUUAAGGUUUCAAUCAUCUGCUAUUGGUGCUUUACAAGAAGCCGUUGAAGCAUAUCUUGUAUCUUUAUUUGAAGACACUAAUUUAUGCGCUAUUCAUGGGAAACGUGUUACGAUUCAGCCUAAAGAUAUGCAGCUUGCUCGCCGUCUUCGUGGUGAGCGGUCAUAA